AUGAUAAGUGCAUUGUUCUUGAUGAACAGUAAGGGUGAGGUACUCAUCUCUCGUAUAUACAGAGAUGAUAUCAGCCGAGGUGUUGGAAAUGCAUUCAGACUGGAGGUGGUCAUGUCACAGGAGAAUAGGUCACCGGUUAAACAGAUUGGAUCGUCAACAUUUAUGUAUAUACAACAGGGAGGUCUAUAUGUUGUGGCAGUGACCUCAAAGAAUGUCAACGCUUGCAUGGUGUUUGAAGUGUUGCAUCAACUAGUCGAUCUCUUCAAAUCAUACUUUGACACAUUCAACGAGGAGUCUAUCAAGAACAACUUUGUACUGGUAUAUGAGUUGUUGGAUGAGAUACUAGACUUUGGAUACCCUCAGAACUGCUCCACUGAGGUGUUGAAACUGUACAUUACUCAAGGACAGGGCAAGUUGAAGUCAAUUGACAAGUUGAAACAAGAGAAGUUGGCCAAGAUCACUAUCCAGGCCACUGGUAUCACUCCAUGGAGAACACCAGACAUCAAGCACAAGAGAAAUGAGAUAUAUAUUGAUGUGGUGGAGUCUGUUAAUAUGUUGAUGUCAGCUGAGGGCAACAUACUUCGUGCCGACGUCACUGGACAGGUGAUGAUGAAGUGCUAUCUGUCUGGAAUGCCCGAGUGCAAGUUUGGAAUGAACGACCGAGUGGUCAUGGACAGGGAGCGCGGACCGACGCCCACGUCGGCGCCCAAGAACAAGCGUGCACAUGGCGUGGAGAUCGACGACAUAACAUUCCAUCAGUGCGUGCGUCUGGGCAAGUUCGACACGGACCGCACAGUCAGCUUCAUCCCACCCGACGGUGAGUUCGAGUUGAUGAAGUAUCGCACGACUGAGUACAUCAACCUGCCGUUCAAAGUGCUGCCCAUUGUAAAGGAGAUGGGACGCACGCGUAUCGAGUGUAGCAUUACUGUCAAGUCCAACUUCAAUGCCAAGAUGUUUGGCUCCAACGUCAAAGUCAUGGUGCCCAUGCCAAAGAACACCGCCGUCUGCAAGAUAGUGGUGGCCGCUGGCAAGGCCAAGUACAUGCCCGAGCAGGACGCCAUCGUGUGGCGAAUCAAACGAUUCCCGGGCGACACAGAAUUCACUCUGCGUGCCGAGAUUGAACUGAUGGCCUCUGUCAACUUGGACAAGAAGACAUGGUCACGCCCACCAAUCUCGAUGGAGUUCCAGGUAGCAAUGUUCACAGCGUCCGGCUUCCAUGUACGCUUCCUCAAGGUGAUUGAGAAGAGCAACUACACGCCAAUCAAAUGGGUGAGAUAUCUGACCAAGGCUGGUACGUACCAGAACAGAAUCUAA